AUGAUGUGUGACGUAAUGCCAACCAUCUCUGAAGAUGGUUGCAAUGAUCGUGAGUCCCAGGGCUCGGGUGAUGACUCUAACUUUGAGCAGUUGAUGGUGAACAUGCUGGAUGAGCGGGAUAAAUUGAUGGAGAGUCUUCGGGAGAAACAGGAAACCGUAGAACUGUUGGAGACCAAGCUGCAGGAAGCCAACAAGGACCGAGAGAUGAUGCAGAAACAGCUGCAGCAGACCACACCUCAGGAACUGGCCACUGUGACGAAGGAGCUAAACAUGGUCAGAGAGCAGUUACUGGAAAGAGAAGAAGAAAUUGCUGAGCUAAAGGCUGAAAGAAAUAACACCAGGCAUGAUGACUGUUGUCUGAUGAUUAAAGAGAGCAUGAUUGAAAUGUGUCUGAUGAUUAGAGAGAGCAUGAUUGACUGGUGUCUGAUGAUUAAAGAGAGCAUGAUUGACUGGUGUCUGAUGAUUAAAGAGAGCAUGAUUGACUGGUGUCUGAUGAUUAGAGAGAGCAUGAUUGACUGGUGUCUGAUGAUUAAAGAGAGCAUGAUUGAAAUGUGUGUUAGAGAACGACUGCGUGUGGCCUUGGAGCGGGUUGCCCAGUUGGAGGAGGAGCUUGCAAAUGCCAAUCAGGAACUGUUUACAUUCCGAGAACAGGCCACCAAAUCACGUCAUUCCAGUGGCAGUGUGGAGGAAAUCAAAUCCAGCCGCACAGAUUCCACGAGCCAGGCAGAUGGGGACUCGCGGGAGUCUUCCAUGACCAGUCUGCCUAAGAGGUUAUCCAAUGGAUCCAUUGAGCCAGACUCUGACAUUGGUAGAGUGAUGGACCUGCAGGAGACAGUUGAGAAGCAGAACACAGAGCUGACCUCAGCCAGGACACGGCUGCUUGAGCUCAACAACAAGAUCACUGAACUGGAAGAGAACUACACUACAGGGCAGAAGGAGCUGGCCAAGGCACAGGAGUUGAUCAUCAAACUGCAGCGAGAUUUGAGAGAGUCUCAAGCCCAGAAAGGAGACCAGGAAGAAAGAAUAGCCACACUGGAGAAGCGAUACCUCAAUGCCCAGCGAGAGUCCACAUCAGUACAUGACCUCAAUGACAAGUUGGAAGCUGAAGUCCAAGCCAAGGAUGCCAGCUUACGAAGUGCUGAGGAAAAGUUGAGAGCUCUCCAGGAUAAGGUGGAAUACUUGGAGCAGAAACUGGCUCAGUCACUGAAGACGGUUGAAGCUAUGCCUUCAAUAGAAGCUGAAUUGCAGCAUCGGCUAGAAGCACUCAGUCAGGCAGAAGAAAGGCAUGGAUCGAUAGAGGAGAGGAUACUCAAUCUGGAGCAAGCAUUACAUGAUAAGGAGUCUGAACUAUUGAGGUCUCGACAAAGAGAAAAAAUGAACGAGGAACAUAAUGUUCGGUUAUCAGCUACAGUUGACCGACUGUUGACUGAAUCAAAUGAGAGAUUGCAGCUACACUUAAAGGAACGCAUGAGUGCUUUAGAGGAGAAAAACUACUUGACUGCAGACUUACAGAGAAUUAGUAAAAUGUUGGAAGAUAGUCAGCAAGAGAAGGAACGUAUCAACGAUGACCUCUUGAGGUACCGGAAGGAAGUGGAGACUUUGCGCAUGCACAUGGAGCAGUUAAUGAGAGCUGGCUACACAUUUGAGGAUCAUGUCUCUCGACGACAUCAUAGAGGCAGAGAUUUGGCCUUGAGUGAGGAUCCCACCAAGGUACACACGCUAAAUGAGCAGGAGUGGGAGAAGCUGCAGCAAGCUCACGUGCUGGCCAACGUGGCUCAUGCAUUUGAUGCGAGUGAUACUGAGGGCACAGAUGAUAGUGAAUCGUUGUUUGGUGGCGUGGACUUGUUGUCACCGUCAGGUCACACCGGGGCUCAAACCUUGGCCAUCAUGUUGCAGGAGCAGCUGGAUGCCAUCAAUAAUGAGAUCAGGUUAAUUCAAGAGGAGAAGGAGAGUACGGAGCAGAGAGCAGACGAAUUAGAAAUCCGAGUCGGCAGUUACGAUACACUGCCAGGACGAUGGCGAGGCUAUGAGCGGUCAGCAUCUCCACCAGCUAGUGGUUCUUCCACUCCCUCACACCCCAGAUCUUCGUACCAGUCCAGGGAUUCCUUGCAGAAAUACCACACUGCCCCGGCAGGUAUGACAGCACAGAUGUACCCAUACUCUUCCUCCAGUCCCCAGUUAGCCUCAGCAGCUGACACAAGUCCAGGCCAACAGCAGUACAGUCGGGAUGACAGCAUCAUCAACUCAAAGGAGGAGUCUCGUCAGAUCAAAUGUGAGUCCAGUCCACCAACACCUCGAGCUCUUCGUUUGGAGCGGGUGGCUGCAGCGCUCGCUAGGAGUCCCGAUGAAAGUGUCAGUCGCCUCCAAGAUCUGAGCCUAGGCUCCUCAGGCAGUCCCCUGACCAGUUUGACCAGUAGCCAGGAUUCUCUCCACAAACAUCAUCAUCAUCAUCAUCAUCAUCAGCCAAAUGCCAAAAAGAAAGGCCUGAAAAGUUCUAUAGGCCGAUUCUUCUCCAAGAAAGAGAAACACAAACCCAAGGAGUAUCUGGCACAUGACCUGGCCUCUGGAAAUAAUGCAGACAGCGGAGAUAACAGUGGAUCCGAGAUGGCCAUGAGCCUUGGUCAGUCAGACUUUGACCGCAGGAAAAAGAAAAAACAUGAACUUCUGGAGGAAGCCAUGAAAGCAGGGACACCAUUUGCCUUGUGGAACGGACCCACUGUUGUGGCCUGGCUAGAGUUGUGGGUUGGCAUGCCAGCUUGGUAUGUUGCAGCUUGUAGAGCCAAUGUCAAAAGUGGGGCAAUCAUGUCAGCGUUGUCAGACACUGAGAUUCAGCGGGAGAUUGGCAUCAGCAAUCCAUUGCAUCGGCUAAAGUUACGUCUGGCCAUCCAAGAAAUGGUGUCACUGACAAGUCCCUCAGCUCCGAAGACCUCCAGAACAACUUUAGCUUUUGGUGACAUGAACCAAGAGUGGAUCGGCAAGGAAUGGCUGCCCAGCCUUGGCUUGCCCCAGUACCGCACUCACUUCAUGGAGUGUCUGGUGGAUGCUCGCAUGUUGGACCACUUAACCAAGAAAGAUCUCCGGGGACAGCUGAAGAUGGUGGACAGUUUUCACAGGACCAGUCUGCAGUAUGGCAUUAACUGUUUAAAGAAGCUCAACUAUGAUAAGCGGGAGCUGGAGCGCCGACGAGAUGAGAGCCUGUCAGACACGAAAG